UCUUCCUGUCCCCCUUCCUCUCCUUCCUUGAAAGAAAACGCCCUUUCAUGUGAUCAAAGGUAGAGAAAAUACAAGAAGAAGGUUCACAAGCCUUCUUUCAUUUCCCUUCUCCUCCUCUCUAUCUCUCUCACCAUCUCUCUUCUUCUCAUUUAUAAGCUUGUAUUCCCAUUGAGAGGAGGAGGAGGAGGAGGAGGAGGAGAAGGUGGUGGGCGGCUAAGGCUAUCUGUAGAAUUUUGUUAAAGGUGAUGGGCAGGCUGUCGGUGGGAAUCCUCGGCUUAUCAGAGCUAUUCGUAAGCGCGGCGGUGCAUCUGCUGUUCGGAUUCUAUAUAUUUAGCACCGCGGUGGCGUCGGACCUCUCGCACGCUGUGACGGAUUGCUUCAAGCCCAACACAUUUAAUUUGGUUGCGAAGGAGGAGGAGGAGAGCAAGGGAAAGGUGGUGGUUUUGAAAGGAUCGCCGCCUCCUAUCGUGUUGGUGCAUGGGAUUUUUGGUUUUGGCAAAGGGAGACUUGGAGGGUUGUCUUAUUUUGCCGGGGCUGAGAAGAAGGAUGAGCGUGUUCUGGUGCCUGAUUUAGGAUCCUUGACCAGUAUGCAUGAUAGAGCGCGAGAAUUGUUCUACUAUUUGAAGGGAGGGCAGGUGGACUAUGGAGAGGAGCACAGCAUGAUAUACGGGCAUUCACAAUUUGGGAAGAACUAUGGGCAAGGACACUACCCUGAUUGGGAUGAACACCAUCCAAUUCAUUUUGUUGGUCACUCAGCAGGCGUGCAAGUCGUCCGCGUGCUGCAGCAGAUGCUUGCUGACAAGGCCUUCAGUGGUUAUGAGAAUACUUCCGAGGACUGGGUAUUGAGCAUCACUUCCUUAUCUGGUGCAUUAAAUGGAACCACUAGGACCUACUAUGAUGGAAUGCAACCAGAAGAUGGAAGGUCUAUGAAAUCCAUAUCCCUGCUGCAGAUUUGCCGAUUAGGAGUCAUAUUCUAUGACUGGUUCAACAUUUCAUGGCUUAAGAACUACUACAAUUUUGGAUUUGAUCACUUUGAGAUGGGAUGGAGGAAGACUGGUAUUACUGGUCUUAUUGAUUUACUUUUUGGGAAUGCUGGACCUUUUGCUUCUGGGGAUUGGAUCCUACCUGACCUCACAAUACAAGGUUCCAUCAAGCUAAACUCUAGUCUCCACACAUUCCCCAAUACAUUCUACUUCAGCUAUGCAACUAAAAGAACAAGAAAAUUCAUGGGCCUUACAUUACCUUCUAGCGUGCUCGGUAUCCACCCAAUGCUGUUCAUUAGAGUCUUGCAAAUGAGCCAAUGGCAUCACCCUUCCAAUGUGCCUCCACCUUAUAAAGGAUACAGGGAUGAAGACUGGGAAGAUAAUGAUGGAGCUAUCAACACAAUAUCCAUGACCCACCCUCGCCUACCUAUCGAACACCCGAGCCAUUUUGUCGAGGAUGACUCAGAAUGCCAGCCUUUGCAACCAGGAGUCUGGUAUUACAAGAUAAUAGAAGCCGAUCACAUUCUUUUUAUCGUGAAUCGAGAAAGAGCAGGAGUACAGUUCGACCUUUUAUAUGAUGGCAUCUUCCAGCGCUGCAGAAGGCAUGCAUUUAGGACCGGUCCACCAAUAGUACCCGAUGAAAGCUGCCAAUAGCCCAAUGAUUUGCGAUCCCAUAGAACAUAGAGGAAGCAAGAGAAAGAAGCUGGCCAGUGGGUGUUCUUAAUUUUCCUUCCCAGGUCUUUGUUUUUUGGUAGAAAUUCCUUCCCAGGUCUUUGUUAACUGAUUUGUUUAGCUGAGCUUCAUAAGAGAGCUAGAGUUAUACAUGAACCACAAAAGAACACAUCUUAUCAUCAAAGUAAAUUCUGAUUCUUUUCUUCCCCUUUAUUAGACUGUUAAAAAUAGAACUUAAAGAAUUUGUAGAGC